AUGAGCCUUCUUUCCUCGUUCAAAAGAUAUACAGGACUAGGAGCAGGACUAGGUGCAGGACUAGGAGCAGGACUAGGAGCAGGACUAGGAGCAGGACUAGGAUCAGGACUAAGAAAAGGACUAGGAGCAGGACUAGGAGUAGGACUAAGAGCAGGACUAGGAGCAGGACUAGAGAGCAGGACUAGGAGCAGGACUAGAAGCAGGACUAAGAAAAGUACUAGGAGCAGGACUAGGAGCAGGACUAAGAAAAGACUAGGAGCAGGACUAAGAGCAGGACUAGGAGAAGGACUAGGAGCAGGACCAGGAGCAGGACUAAGAGCAGGAGUAGGAGCAGGACUAGGAGCAGGACUAGGAGCAGGACUAGGAGGAGGACUAGGAGCAGGACUAGGAGCAGGACUAGGAGCAGGACCAGGAGCAGAACUAGGAGCAGGACUGAGAAAAGGACUAGGAGCAGGACUAGGAGCAGGAGUAGGAGCAGGACUAGGAGCAGGACUAGGAGCAGGACUAAGAGCAGGACUAGGAGCAGGACCAGGAGCAGGACUAGGAGCAGGACUAGGAGCAGGAAAAAGGACUAGGAGCAAAACUAGAAGAUCUAAAGGUCACAAAUUAAAAGAAAAAAAGAAGAGAGUGGAAAGCGGAGAAAGGAUUUAAAAGAGGAUAAAGAGAAAAAAGAGUGGAAAAGGAAGAAAAAAGUUAAAAGAGGAGAAACCAAAUAUAGUAUAG